AUGCUUGGAAAAAUUACGCUUGAAGACCAUUUCAACACCCCUGAGUUUGCCGAGAAGGCAAGAUGGUGGGCUGGGUUCUUCGCGACAGAUCCUGACCGCCACGUCCGCGAAAUCUGCGAUAUCAACAAGAUUCGCAUCCAGUAUGCGGACGAGUAUGGCGUCGGAUAUCACAUUCUCAGCUACACGGCACCUGGAAUUCAGGACAUUACCGACCCCGCUGAAGCCUUGAGAGUUGCCAAGUUCGUCAAUGACUGGACCCAUGAGCAAAUUAAAGACAAGCCAGAUCGUUUCGGCUCUUUCGCCUGCCUCCCCAUGCACGAUCCUGCGACCGCUGCGGCAGAAUUGCGACGAUGCGUUGAGGAGUACGGCUUCAAGGGCGCUCUUGUGAACGAUAACCAAAUUGCUUCAGACGGACAAUCACUCAUAUUUUAUGACAAGCCCGAGUGGGAUGUAUUUUGGCAGACCUGUGUGGAUCUCGAUGUCCCUUUCUACCUUCACCCCAAACAGCCGACCGGCGUUGUCUAUGAUACUCUCUGGGCGGAUCGCAAAUGGCUUGUAGGCCCUCCCCUCAGCUUCGCGCACGGCGUGUCCUUGCACCUGAUGGGCAUGGUUUCGAAUGGCGUUUUCGACCGCAACCCCAAGCUCCAGAUCAUCCUAGGACAUUUGGGUGAACGGCUGCCCUUCGAUCUGUGGCGUAUAAAUCACUGGUUUGAGGAUAUCAAGAAGCCUAUUGGCAUGCCCAUUAAGAGAACUAUCCGCGAUUAUUUCCGGGAGAACAUAUGGAUCACAACAUCCGGCCACUUCUCGACCCCGACUUUAAAGUAUUGUAUUGAGGAAUUUGGUAAUGCGGACAGGAUAUUGUUUAGUACGGAUUACCCAUUUGAAAACUAUAAAGAUGCCUGCACCUGGUUUGAUAAUAUCAAGGGGCUUGAAAAGGGGCAAAAGGUCGCUAUUGGAAGGGAGAAUGCAAAGAAACUCUUCAAGCUGGGAGCGUACAAAGACAGCGAGGCUCCUGUUGAAGACUAA